GCCAAAAAUGUCAUAUUCUAGCAACCACACAAUUUCUUUUUCAAAGUGCAAAUCCAAACUAUUCUUAUCCUUCAUUUCCUCAUUCCUACUAAUUUCUACAUUCAUCGGAGUAGUCGUCGGAGUAAAUAAGUACUCCGACGACUACCAAAGUACUCAUGCCAUUUUGAAAUCCUCAUGUAGCACCACUUUUCACCAAGACUUAUGCUACUCCACAAUAGCCAAUAAUCUCCCAAACUUCUCCAAGAAAAUAACGAACCAAAAAGACGUCAUUGAACUAUCCUUAAAUAUUACAACUAAAGCCGUACAACGCAACUACUACGCCAUCAACAAGCUCAUUAAAACCCGAAAGGGGUUAACGCAACGCGAGAAAAUCGCGUUGCACGAUUGUCUAGAGACAAUCGAUGAGACCCUCGACGAGCUUCACACAGCCGUCGAGGAUUUAGAAAAAUAUCCUAAUGAGAAAUCGUUGAAGCAACAUGCGGAUGAUUUGAAAACUUUGAUUAGUGCUGCGAUUACUAACCAAGAGACUUGCCUUGAUGGAUUUUCUCAUGAUGAAGCUGAUAAAAAAGUACGUAAGGCUUUGCUGAAAGGUCAAAAACAUGUAGAGAAGUUGUGUAGUAAUGCUUUGGCUAUGAUUAAGAACAUGACUGAUUCAGACAUUCAGAAUGAGAUGAAGCUGGCUGCAGGUAAAGUUACUAGGAAACUCAAUGAGGACAGCAGUGGCACAUGGCCGGAGUGGUUAUCCGGUGGAGAUAGAAAACUACUUCAAUCAUCGUCAGUAACGGCUGACGUGGUGGUGGCGGCAGACGGUAGCGGAGACUUCAAGACGGUGGCUGAGGCAGUAGCAAAAGCACCUGAAAAAAGUAGCAAAAGGCAUGUUAUAAGGAUAAAGGCAGGUGUGUAUAGGGAAAAUGUUGAGGUGACAAAGAAGAAGAAGAAUAUAAUGUUUAUAGGAGAUGGUAGAGAGAAUACUAUUAUUACUGGAAACAGGAAUGUCAAAGAUGGUAGCACUACUUUCCAUUCUGCCACUGUUGUUGCAGUUGGAGAGGGAUUUUUAGCCAGGGACAUAACAUUCGAAAACACAGCAGGGCCGGAAAAACACCAAGCAGUAGCACUUCGGGUGGGGGCGGAUCUCUCCGCCUUCUACCGAUGUGACAUGCUAGGGUACCAAGAUACUCUUUACGUCCACUCCAACCGUCAAUUCUUCGUGCAAUGCUUCAUUUCUGGCACAGUUGAUUUCAUCUUCGGUAACGCUGCAGCCGUGCUACAAGACUGCGACAUCCACGCGAGGCGUCCCGGACCGAGCCAGAAGAACAUGGUCACGGCCCAAGGGCGAACAGAUCCCAACCAGAACACCGGGAUCGUGAUUCAUAAAUGUAGAAUUGGGGCCACAUCAGAUUUGAAACCGGUUCAGAAGAAUUUCCCUACGUAUUUAGGUAGGCCGUGGAAGGAAUAUUCAAGGACCGUGAUUAUGCAAUCGUCGAUCACGGACGUGAUUAGUCCGGUCGGGUGGCACGAGUGGAACGGGGAUUUUGCACUAAAUACGUUGUUUUACGGGGAGUAUCAGAAUACGGGUGCUGGAGCACGGACAACAGAAAGAGUGAAAUGGAAAGGAUAUAAGGUUAUUACUAGUGCAACUGAAGCUCAAGCUUAUACUCUCAACAGUUUUAUUGCUGGAAACAGUUGGUUGAGCUCAACUGGAUUCCCUUUUGCUCUUGGUCUUUAGAACUCUUUCUUUGUUUUGUUGUUUGUUUUGUUUUGCUAGAAUUUUUGUUUGAGUGUAUUUCUUUGACAUGGUUAAUUAGUUUGAGAAGGGCUAAUUUUUCACUGAACUUUUAUUUGGCUUAAUACAUG